AUGGAAACUGUCCCCACAGACUAUGGCAAGCGUAUUUAUCAAGGUGUGCGCGUCAAACACACAGUGAAGGAUCUGCUGGCUGAAAAGCGCUCAAUGCAAACGAGCAGCUUGCGACGAAGUGGAAGCGUUGUGAGCUCUCAACCAUCUUUUGUUCCACUACCCAGUUCUCCCACAGCAUCUGGUUAUUAUGGUGUUCGAAGAUCCUUGACAACAGAUAUGGACUUACACAACAGCAAAGAUAUUUCCAGCGACGUCUACAGUUCCUCCUUGCUACCCAAGUCGUUGACUUAUGAAUCCCCAGCAAGUCAGGGAUACUCUUUGUCCCUGGAUGCCCACUUAAUCGAUCAGUAUGUGGACCAACGGGCUGCAUCCAUCAUCCCUUCUGGAGCCUCUGCUAUCCUUGGCAACUCAACAUCAUCCUUUCCCAGAGAUUCAGCUCAUUAUUUCAGUAGAGACUCCUGGGAACAAUCUAUGCCGGACAACCUUGGUCAGUUGGAAGCAUGUCCAGAACCUCUCCAAGUAGCUCCAGCCUCCAGCUGCCUUUCAGCUCAUGAGCCAGGGACAGCUUCCCACUGUAGAAACCCCAACUGGAAUUUAACCCUCUCUGGAAUCCAGUCUUAUUCCUUUCACCCGCUUGAAGAUGUCCAGUAUCCAGCUGUUUUCUCUGCCUCUUCAAACUCGCCCUUCUCCUCUUUCACGGCUGCUGCAGCCAAUGACCUCCCUGGUCUCAAGAUGCUUCCAGGGUCUUCUGAGGAGUCUUCAGAUACAGCCGCUCUCCAAGAUAGCAGCUCUUUCUGGCCCAAGGAAGACCCGAGUCUUCUCUGGGGAUCCUAUGAGGAACGAAGGACUUACUGA